UCAGAGAAUCAGAUUUUUACCCAUAUCACAACAACUUAUUAUGCCGUGCCAGAACUUUGACUAUUCCUAUAACUUUAACAAUAACUCCGGAGAGGACUAUCGCAAGAAGAUCGCAAUUGUUGGCGGUGGAAACUGGGGAUCAGCCAUCGCUUGUGUAGUUGGAAAAACCGUAAAAGCUCAGGAUGAGGUGUUCCAGCCGAUUGUGAGCAUAUGGUGCAGAGAUUCCAGGAAACCAGGAGACCUCUCGCCAUCCAUCGCAGAGACCAUCAACUCCACCCACGAGAACCCCAAGUACCUCCCGGGUCGGCGGAUCCCUGACAACGUCGUCGCCACGUCAUCUCUCCUGGAAGCCUGCCAGUCAGCCCACAUUCUGAUCCUAGUCGUCCCACACCAAGGGAUCCCUCAGAUUUGCGACGAGCUCCGUGGCAAGCUACAAAAGGGAGCCCACGCGAUCUCUCUCACCAAAGGAAUCUCAUCAAGCUGUGAGAACGGGGAGAUCAAGAUGCAACUGAUCUCUGAGGAUAUCGAGAGGGCGUUGGGAGUUCAGUGUAGUGUUCUGAUGGGAGCCAACUUGGCUGGAGAGGUGGCGGAUGGGAAGUUCUGCGAGGCGACAAUCGGGUGUAAGAGUUUGAAGAAUGGAGAGGAGCUGAAGAAGGUGUUCGAUACCCCGAACUUCAGAAUUAGGGUGACAACGGAUUAUGAGGCCGUGGAGCUUUGCGGAGCACUAAAGAACAUUGUCGCCUGCGCCGCGGGAUUUGCCGAUGGGCUUGGCUGGGCCUACAACGUGAAAUCCGCUAUCAUCCGUCUGGGACUCCUAGAAACCAAGAAGUUUGUGGAGCACUUCUACCCAAGUUCCGUCGGACAUACAUACUUCGAGUCGUGUGGAGUGGCUGAUCUCAUUACCACUUGCUAUGGAGGUCGCAAUCGAAAAGUUGCGGAGGCAUUCAUCAAGAGUGAUAAGCCGCUCCGAGUCAUUGAGCAGGAACUUCUCAAGGGUCAAAGUGCUCAGGGCCCGCCAACAGCUCAGGAUGUUUAUGAAAUGCUGGAGAUCAAUGAAAUCUCGGAAAAGUUCCCAAUCUUCGCGUCAGUGCAUAAGGUGUUCACCGGGCACCACGGAGAGCAGGAGCUCUAUGAUUCCCUGAGAAACCAUCCAGAGUAUGAUUAAGUGAUAGUUUUAUGUGUUUUAUUGACGAGCUGGAAAUGGAUCUAGCGGAUAUAAAGAAAAAACACGUGUUUUUGAAUCUUUUUUACUGGUAUUUAUGUAUGUAUAUUGUACAAUUUUUGAUUUUGAAUGAACAUUUUAUAAUU